AUGGAUGAUCCAAUAGUUAUUGUCGAUACUGCCAUUGAUUUGCAUACGAAAAUGAUAAAGCAAAUGAAAGGAGUUCCUGGGGUAAAAGUAGAGCGAUUGUCAGAGGGUCUUUCUCCAAGACAUUGUGCCUUGUCUCUUGUUGGUGAACCUAUCAUGUACCCAGAGAUUAACUCACUUAUAGAUGAGCUGCACCGGAGGCGAAUCUCGACUUUUCUCGUAACAAAUGCUCAGUUUCCUGAUAGGAUUAAGAUGCUGAAACCUAUCACUCAGUUGUAUGUUAGUGUAGAUGCUGCAACAAAGGACAGCUUGAAGGCAAUUGACAGACCACUCUUUGGGGACUUUUGGGAGCGAUUUGUUGAUUCUUUGCAAGCUCUCAAGGAGAAGCAGCAGCGAACUGUCUAUCGCUUGACCCUGGUUAAAGGAUGGAACACAGAGGAUUUAGAUGCUUAUUCUAACCUCUUUGGUAUCGGAGAUCCUGAUUUUAUUGAAAUUAAAGGAGUUACAUAUUGUGGAUCGUCAGCAACUUCAAAAUUGACAAUGGAGAAUGUACCCUGGCAUUCUGAUGUAAAAGAAUUUUCAGAAGCUUUAGCUCAAAAAAGUAAUGGGGUUUACGAGGUUGCUUGCGAGCAUGUGCACUCAUGUUGUGUUCUACUGGCUAAUGUCAACAAAUUUAAAGUUAACGAUCAAUGGUUCACUUGGAUAGACUAUGACAAGUUCCAUGACCUGGUGGCGGCUGGAGAACCUUUUAGCAGCAAGGAUUAUAUGGCUCCGACACCAUCAUGGGCAGUGUAUGGAGCCGAACAAGGUGGGUUCGAUCCAGAGCAGUUACGUUUUAAGAAAGAGCGCCAUCACAAAUCCACCCGCUGA